AUGAAACUUCUUAAAGCUAUUGAAUUGUCAAUGAUCUCAAUUGUUGUGUUCUCUGAAAAUUAUGCAUCUUCUAGUUGGUGCUUAGAUGAGCUAAUAAAGAUUCUUGAGUGUAGGAAUAAUGGACAGUUAAUUUUACCAAUAUUUUACAAAGUAUAUCCAUCAGAAAUACGUAAACAAAAGGGAAAGUUUGGAGUAGCGUUAGCUCAACAUGAAGAAAAUUUAAAGGAUAGCAUGGAGAAGGUUCAGGGGUGGAGGACAACUUUGACUAAAGCAACUGACUUGUCUGGGUUGAAUUACAAGGAGGGCUACACUGAAUCUGAAACUCAAUUUAUCCAGAGAAUUAUUAAAGAGAUAUUAGGUACUAAAUUGAAUCGCACUCAGUUAUUUGUUACUAAACACCCAGUUGGAAUAGAUUUCCGUGUGGAUGCUAUAGAAUUGCUUUUAGAUAUGAAGUCAAAUGAUGUUCGCAUGGUAGGGAUUCAUAGUCUUGGGGGAGUAGGUAAGACUACAAUUGCAAAGGCUAUUUAUAACAGAAUCACUAAUUGUUUUGAAUUGAGUUGCUUUCUAGAGGAUGUUAGAGAAAAGUCGGGAACAAAUGAUGACAUGAUCAAACUACAAGAGAUGCUUCUUUCUAAGAUCUCACUGGGCACAUAUGUAAAGGUAGACAGUGUGCCCAAAGGAAUUAUUAUGAUAAAGGAAAGGCUUUGUCGUACAAGACUUCUUUUAAUUCUUGACAAUGUGGAUGAGUCAGAAGUGAUAGUAAAUUUGCUUGGAGAAUGUAAUUGGUUUGCUUUAGGAAGUAGAGUCAUUAUAACAACAAGAGAUGGACAGGUGCUAACAACUUUUGGAAAAGAUCAUCAAAUUUAUGAGCUUAAGGAAUUGAAUCAAUCUGAAUCUCAUGAACUCUUCAACCUGUAUGCCUUCCAAAAAAUUGAACUUGAGAAAGAUUUUUCAGAAGUUGCAGAGCAAAUCAUACAUUAUGCCAAUGGCCUUCCAUUAGCUCUUAAAAUAAUAGGUUCUGAUUUGUGUGGAAAAAGUAUAUGUGAAUGGAAAAGUGCGUUAGAAAAGUAUAAAAAUAUCCCUCACGAAAAAAUUCAAGAAAAGCUCAAAAUAAGUUAUGACAGACUUGGAAAGACCGAAAAGGAUAUUUUUCUAGAUAUUGCAUGUUUCUUUAAGGGAUUCAAUAGGAGCUUCGUAGUGAGUAUAUUAGAAGCUUGCAAAUUAUAUCCGGGUUAUGGAAUUGGAAAACUUAUUGAUAAGUGUCUCAUAACUGUUGGUCAAUCUGGAAAUUUGUGGAUGCAUGACUUGCUUCAACAAACGGGGAGAGAAAUUGUUCAACAUGAAUCAGAAGAGCUUGGCAAACGUAGUAGGAUAUGGUGUUUUGAGGAUGCUUAUGAAAUACUGACUACAAAUAUGGGAUCAAGUAAAAUUCGGGGCAUUAUGUGCUACUCACCUCAGCUGAUAACAAUGCCAGUAGAAGCUAAAGCUUUUGAAAAGAUGAAAUAUCUCAAAUUUCUUAUGGUUCGUAAUGUACGCAUUUGUGAAGAACUCAAAUAUCUCCCUAAUGGGUUAACUUUGCUUCAAUGGCCUAAAUUUCCAUUUUCCUUGCCAUCCAAAUAUUAUCCUCAACAACUUGUUGCACUUGAGAUGCCAAGAAGUCUUAUUAGAUUGGAGACAACAUCCAAAUUGGGAAUCCAACUAAAAUAUUUAAAAUAUAUUAAUUUCAAUAGGUGUGAGUUCAUUAUAGAAUUACCUGAGUUGUGUGCCCCAAGCUUAGAAAAAAUGGAUCUUUCCUAUUGUCAAAAUUUAGUUAAGGUUCAUGAGUCUGUUGGAUUUCUUGAUAAGCUUCGGAUAUGGGAACUCCAAGGUUGUGGAAAACUUAAAAUUCUUCCAAACAAUCUCAGGUUAAAAUCUCUUAAGGAGUUUCGUCUUAUAGACUGCUUAAGGCUUGAUAAGUUUCCUAAUAUUGAUCCAGAAAUGAAAUGUUUAAGGGAAUUAAAUUUACGUGGGACUGAUAACAUAUAUAAAUUGCAGCUUCUUAUUGGACUAUAUACUCCCACUGCCAAAUUGAGACAGACAUGCAAUUAUUUGGAUGGCUUUUCUAGUUAUGGCUUUUUGACGUUGGAUUCCAUGAGUUUCAGGGGCAAUAAAAAUAUAAUUGAAUUAGAUUUUUUGAUGAAACCCGAGUACUUCCCCAUAUUGAAAUAUCUAGAUCUAUCUAAAACUAAUAUUGUUGGCAUCCCCGAAAGCCUUAGCAGAUUUACUACAUUACAGUCACUUGAUAUACGAAAUUGCAAGCAUCUUCGGGAAAUUCCAAGGCUUCCACAAUCUGUACAAGUUGUGGAUGUAGGCAAUUGCUAUUCGUUGAAUCCACAAUCGUCAAGCAGAUUAUUGAAUCAGAUUGGAGAAUUUUUAGGGAUUUUUCCAAAUAAAGGUUGCAAGGGAACAAGAAGCAGGAUAUCAAUAGAUCCACAAACAUCAUCAACCGAAAUAUUGGAUGAGAUUCGUCGCUCGCUUUUGCCUAAUUGGCGCUCUAAACCUGAAGAUGAUAAAUUUAUAAUUAGACUACCAAGAACUGAGAUUCCAACGUGGUUGAAGUUAAACCAUGAAAGUGAUGGAAAUGUCAUAUCAUUUUGGGUUGGUCGCACAUUUCCAAAUAUUUUUGAUGUCUGUUUUGCUUUUGGACCGCUGAAAUAUUCGUGGACAUCUUCCUGUGAUAACCGAUUGAAUAAGUCAAGCCCAUCUGAACCAAAUUACGUUGAAGUAACAUGUAGAAUGGAGGAUUGGGUUAAAAACCAUCCAAGAAGGUGGGGGGUCCAUGUAGAGUGUAUCUGUCGUUCCCAACAAUCUGAUGUUUUUCUGUUGCCGAGUCCAAGUGCUACGCAUAGUUGUGGCUCUUCCUCGAUCCCUCUUUUACUUACUUCUAGUUGUGGCACUGUUAUGGAUCAACAUGCUUCAAUAAUGGAGGAGAUUCUAGACAUCGGCCAAGAAGAAACCAUUGACCACCCUAUGCCAAACGUCCCCAAAAACACUACCUGUCCCACUUUGGAUGGCUUUGAAUUCCGUCUCUGGAAACAAAGCUUUCGUCCAACCCAAAUUCCAACUGCAAUGCUCAAGUCCAGGGCUCUAAUAAGGGAAUUCGAAGAGAUAGAUCCCAGGUCUUUCAACAAUGGAGAAGAAGAUUCAGGGCAUUCAAUGGCCCACACUUUUAUCAAUGAUUGUUCCAACUCCAAGUUGCAUCCACCAUCAAAGUAA